CUCCAUUUCUCUACCAUUCGCUUCUCACCCUGCACGACGACAGAACUAUUUUCCGUACCAGCUUUCAGUAUCCCGACGAGUGAUGCAAGUAUUACUUUGGUUGUAGUGUUGGGUAAAAGUCACUGCACUAGCAGGACGCCACAGCUGACGCUCGCUAUUUUGCUAGCGAAGAAGAACGAUUCGUGCACUUGCAGCAGUGUAUGUCUGUGCAGUAUGGCCGCAGAGGUAGCUGAAUGGCAUGUUGCAGCCUGCUAUGUUGUCUGCCUUUAUGCUGGAACAUGGCUGUUGAAUAUGGUGCUGCCAGGACGUCGGGCCAGAGGCUCAGCGACAGACUGCAAAGGAAAGCAGCUGGAGUACAAGCUGAAUGGUCUAGCAUGUGUUGCAGUGCUGCUGGUGGUCCUGUAUGCGCUCACCUAUCUACUGCCUUCAAUACAGCUGGACUUCAUCAUCAUCAACUUCAGAGCAUGUGCAACUGUCGGCUGUGUCAUCGGGGUGUUGGCUUCAGUUUGCCUCCACGUUGCAGGAGACUCGUGGCCAGGACAUGUAUCUGCUCAUGAAAUGACACCGUCCGGUUCCGCCGUAAAGCGUUUCUUUCUCGGUGCGGAGUUGAACCCAAGGUUGUUGGGCUUAGAUAUCAAGAUGUGGCUGUAUCUGGUCGGUGUGUUCAUGGUCAUAUUGAACAUGGUGGCAUCAGUGGUGUACUGUCACCACUAUUCCACCACUGGUCUACAUCCACUCUUCUUGUUGUAUGUUGCGGAAAUGCUGUGGUUCUGUUUCGACUAUCUCAUCUUUGAGCACAUCCAGCUGACCACGUAUGAUCUGUUUGCCGAGAAUGUUGGCUUCAAGCUGGCUUGGGGCUGCAUUUUCUUCUACCCAUUCUUCUACCCUGUUGGCGUGUGGCCAUUGCUGCCUCUUCCAGCCGAGACCGCUACCCCAGUGGAGCAACUUCAGCUAUUUCCCGGUCAGUGCGUUGUGUCAGCUGCUCUGUUCCUUGGUGGCUGGAUCCUGUCACGCGGUGCCAAUCUUCAGAAGUAUGCAUUCAAGACGGCCGUCGUCAAGAACCGCAACCGAGUCUUCUUUAUUCCACAAGAGACGAUAGCGGGCAAGCUGCUAAUCUCUGGCUUCUGGGGAUUGUCUCGUCAUAUCAACUACCUAGGAGAGGUCAUGAUGGCUCUUGCCAUGGCAAUGUGUGGAGGCUUAGCUCAGCCGUUCUCCUACCGUGUGUUGCUGCCGUGGCUCUAUCCACUGUACUAUGUUGUGCUUCUUGUUACUCGUGAGCGGGACGAUAAUCGGCGGUGUGCUCAGAAGUAUGGCAGUCUGUGGGCAGUGUAUGAGAAGAGAGUGCCAUAUCGCAUCAUCCCCUACAUCUACUAGUCAUGCUUGCAUGGCACUCCUAGUCAAGGGCUGGUCUACUUUGUCCUGUGACUCAGAAGUGCUGCUUUCUUUGUUCUAACUUCUUGUCUGGCAUGUGCUGACGUCAAAAAAUCCCUCAUAUCAGAUGAGCAACUGAGAACAAAAAGAACACCACUGUGAACUGUUUCACCUCCAAAGAGGUCACAUGAUAUUGAGUAGUAGGCCAUGUUCUGAUUGAGUUGAAUCAGCUUGAUGCUGCAUCUUCAAAGUAAACCAGUACUUGUUCACAACCAGUGCAAGGCAAUGUGGAAUUAACUUGUUCGCGUGUAUGUAUUGCUGUAAGACAGCCAUGAAUGCAAGGCUCUUCCUGCAGGCAUCUAGUGGAGUUACAAUACAAAUUUCAGACUGGCUAUCACUGGAUUUAUCA